CUGAACUUACACCACAGACGGCACACAGGAGAGAAACCCUAUACUUGUUCAUAUUGUGGCAAGCUGUUUAGUUCUUCAUCAGGCUUGCAGCAACAUGUAAGGACGCACACUCAUGAAUCCCCAUUUUCCUGCAGUCAGUGCAGCAGAAGUUUCAAACAGAGGGAGAAGCUGAAACAACAUGAGCGUAUUCACACUGGAGUUCGACCGUACAUGUGUGACCGGUGUCCGAGUACUUUCCGAGUGAAAAACUCUCUGGCCAGACACUUACGUAUACACUCAGGUGAGAUGUUUCAGUGCGGGCUGUGUCCCAAAGCAUUUGGAGAAUUAUAUUCUUUGAAGAAACACCACAGAAGACGACAUGACAAGCUUCAGUUCACCAGCCCUGGAACGGAGUCA